AUGCGCGACGCCGCGGAGCAAAGACACUCUCCUGUCGAGCCGCAGCGUCCGCAGUCGCAGCAUCGGCAGCCGGAGGAGGACCAUCACCAGCAACAUGAGGAUGCCGCGCACAAUCAUCGGCGUGGAAGCUACACGGCCUCCGUCGGCGGCGUUGCCAUCGAUGAGGCAGCGUCGUUUCAGGCACCUCCGUGGGCACGUCCGUUGGCUACGGCGCCCCCACAGCAUCCCGGGUUCGCAGAAAGCUUUGGCGGCAUGCCUGCCGCACUGCUGCUGUCGCGGACCAUACGCAACCAGACGCACGCCCGUGGUAUGGGUAGCCUUUCCUGUGUGGCCAGCGCACGCAGCGCCGCCGACAAGGACGAAUCCGUCACGCCGGAGGUACCGCGAAGCCUCUGUCGACACACCGCCGCCUUCCCGUCCCACCACCUCUCAACCGGCUCUACCGGCACUCCGUCCUCCUCGCCCGCCACCGCGUUUACCGCCGAACUGGAGAUGCCGCUGCAAUUUGAGUCGCUGUGGGGCGACAUUGACCGCUACCUCUUCGCGGUUUACACCACCUUGCAGGCCGACGACGAGGUCUCGCUGCGGCCUUUGCGGACGCCGAAACACCGGAUGGGCUGGUACACAGCCAUCUACAACGCUUGUAGCGGAGACCCCACCAAGUCGCGUGAGCUUUACGCACGCCUCGCGCUUCUUCUGCUGCACAUCCUCGAGUCCCAUGUCCUCUUCCCCGUUCUGCAGAAUGUAGACCACAGCCGAGUGCAAUUUCUUACAGGCGCGGAGGACAGCGUAGGCGCGCGCGGCAGCGGAAGCGGUCAGCGGGGUCGAAGCAGCCGCAGUGUCCCAACGGAAAGCGGUAUCGCUGGCUGCCGCAGCAGCAGCAGCAGCGGUUGGAGUCGUUUCAAGAGCAUCGCCACGGCUGCCACCAGUGGGCCCGCGCACAGGACACCGUCGAAGGAAGGGCACCGCAACUCGUCCUUUAGGUGGUCUUCCAGCGGCCACCGCAACAGUGACGGCUCACUUUCCUUCAUGAAACGCCUCUUCCACCCCUCGCCGCACCCGACCGCGACAACCACAGCGGCAAGAGCGUCCCCGGUCGGCGGUGGAGGCAUUAAAGCCAACGAGGAGGAAGGCGGCGCAGGGCGGCCUCCGCAGUCGCCACGGACGCCUGCGAUGCCAGCACCGGUGAACGGCGACUCAAUGGCAAGCAGCAGCGUUGGCGGCCGCGGCACGAGCUGGCUUGGGCAGCAGGCCGGGAGCGGUUCCCUUGCAGUGCCGAAAUCCCCCGCAGCGGCCAACGAGCUCCAGACGGCAUUUGCCGGCUUCGACAGCACCGUGCAUCGCUCGCCGAAGAACCGUGUUUCCUUGGAGCUUCCGAAUCACCAACAGCGGACCACCAGCUUCCCGAUCGUUGCCAGCACGCAGUCCAGAGCCACCACGAGCCCCACGCGGCCCCCAGCGAUACCAAAGCACACGCCGCUCACCCCGUCGUCCCUGACGAGUCUCCACAUCACCCAGCACACAGUCAACAUCCCGACCGAGUCUGGCCCCUCACCGCUCAUGGCCCGCCCACCCACCUUCAUCGGCGGAAAAGCGCUGCCGACGGCGACGCACAGCACUGUCUCCCCUCGCCACGCCCGCGUCGCGUCAAAGACGGGGCGGGUGGUGGUUGACGACGAAGAGGAGGUUCUGUGUGCAGUCAACACCGUCCCCGCGGCGGCGCGGCACUCACUGCGGCGACUUCCGCGCCGGGACAGCAGCAGCGACAGCAACUCGGUAGCCGCGCUUGUGUCCUUCAACGACACGGAAGAGGGCAGCGCCGGCGCGCAAGCCGGCGCUGACGACGACGACGGGUCGCUGCACACCAUGAACUCCCUCUCUUCCGAAAGCAUCGGUCGUGAAAGCCGAGUCCGCCUCGGCAAAUACUCUAGCGAAUGCGCUACUGCCGCCGCGGCGCGCGAGGAUGCCCGUGGCCUCAAUGCAGCUCGCGCUGGAGAAGCUCCUGGCACCGGCCACUCCGAUGAAGGCGGCACGGCGGAGCCGCCGGCGAGCUUUGUCUCGCCUUUCACGACAACUCUGUCGCCAGGCGACGACAUGCUUUCCCCGCUCCUCGCUCCAGAGGCGCCUGCGACGAUGCGCAGCACAGGCACCAAAGCCCCUCCCUCCCUGCUGAGGGACACUGCAGCCGUCGACGCCUCUACACGCUGCACAUCGUCCCCGGACGCGAAAACAGUGAGUGACACCUCGGUGACCGCCGCCGUCUACAGCGCGCGUGAGGCCUCUCCAUCGUCGCCAAGCGCUACCGUGACCCUUGCCCCAUCUGCGGCCAGCGUGACUACGAACACCGGGAUAACCUCGCCCGCCACCCCAGCUUACUCCGCCCCGGGGAUGACGUCAUCUGCUGCGCGCGCCACUGGCACCACCCGCCCAGAUGAGCGCCGCUGCAGUCUCUGCUACACGUUCCUGCAGGAGUGGCAAACAUUUGUGGUCUUCCGCAGCGUCGUUCUCUCGUGCUUCCGCUAUCUCGACCAGUACUACACCCGCCGCUUCGGCAUGGACACAAUCACGCUCAUGUGCUUCAAGGUCUUCUACGUUGUCGUCUAUGAGCCCCUUCGGCCACUGCUGGUGAUCGAACUGGGCUACCUGAUGCAGUACGUGCGCGAGAUGUUCGAGACGACGGGCCAGGUUGCAUGGGAGCAGCUGAGGCUUGUCCAAGAGACGUACAGCGUCGUCACGGAGUUGCUCCUUAUCGUGCAGUCUACCUCGUCCUCCAUGGUUGCCCAGCAGCAACAGACGGGGUCGGGUAUCAGCGGCGGUGGCGGUGGCGGUGGCGGUGGUGCUGCUGCGGCAGCGGCGGUCAGCGCAGCAACAGUGGCCACAGCGGGCAGUAUUAAUAUUACACACGGCCCACCAAGCGUCGUGGCCUCUUUUGCUGCAGGCCUGUCAUCGAUGGUGGGCCCGUUCAGCACCGCCGAAGCGGCGGUGGCGGAGACACCCGUGAGGAGUCACACCAGCAGUCGCGCUCGCAGCACCAGCGGCCACAACCUGAGCACAGCGAGCAGUGCGGUUAGCACACCGCACCUGGGUGCGCUCGACCUGCACAGCAGCAGCAGCACCGUCGCGGCGCCCUCACCGGCAGUCGCUGACGGGGAGUGGUCCGGCGUGCAUCCGCACGUCAGCCGACGACGUCGUUUGAUCUCUCUCUUCACCAGUGGGCGCCUCGGUGAUGGCGCGAAAGGCGGCGGCAGCAGCGGCCGCGACCAGCGUGCCACCUUGUGGGCAAGCUCCACUCCGGUGAGCCCGUGGGUGGGUCUGGCGUCGUCGACCUCGUCCGCGGCACGACUCCCCUCCACCUUUGAAAGCGCGUUGCGGCCGUCAGCCGGUCGUGGCGGCGACAGUGGUAGGCUGUCAGCUAGAGAUAAAGCGGAGGGCCGCAGCGACAAGCAGCAGGGGAGCGCGGCGAAGACAGACCACAUCUCAGCGCCUGCAGUAGUGGUGGACCUCCGCGGCACGGUGCAACUGCGCGAUCGCCUCGAAGGCCACACGACAGCCCAUCACCUGACCACGCAGGCGCUGAAGCAAUGGGAAGGCAUGUCUGCUGACCGUCGGCUGCGCCUCGGCACCAUCAUCAAGGGGGUCGCGAAGCCGCUGUCAACGAUUGUAAUGGAGGACGUGGGCAACGAGUACGUCGCCGGUAUCUAUGCUUUCUACCGGCCCACGCGCGACGCGCGCCGCAGCACCGAAGAAGGCCGGCGCAGCUACGUGAGUUGGGCACGUGAUGUGAAAGAACUGGAGAAGCAUGUGUGGCGGCGGGUGCAACUGCCUUUCCUGCACACCUCACUGCGAUCUGCCGUGAAUGAGGUGCUGGUUGUGGAGCCGCACCGCAGCAUUCUGCUGGAUGCCCGCUUCGGCUUGCGUGCGCUGCUAGACACGUGGAGCGUAAGCGUGGAGUCAGCAGACCUUAGCCUCGCCCCGCAGACGUCGGCCGCCGUGGCGGGGCCUGGUGGUGCAGCGAUGCAAGCGGACGGCAGCAGUGCCACCACAGCCACCGCCUUCCACCGGCGAACCGGCAGCACGAUGACGUCGACGUCGCUCGGAGGCAGCUUGGGCGAGGCCGACCCGCUGGCGAGCAGCGGCGUGCAGCGUGACGGCGGCAAGUAUCCCGGGUCACUGAUGUUGUUUGGGGUGCAGGGCAGCCAUCCGACCCACCCCUUAUCCUUUCCGCAUCAGCGCACCCCCCGCUCCUUUUUCUUCGACAGUGGCGAGAAGGCCGAGGCGGUGUCGCAGAUAUCAUGCUCAGAUUUCUCCGGAGAGGAGCGGAAGAAGGACGACGGGCGACAUGGUGGCAGUGGUGGUGGCAUUGUGAGCGGGGCGCGGUGGACAACAGCGGGGAGCAACGACAGUCACAGCACAGUCAUCACGGUCGCCUCCGCCAUCGGCCCCAGUAGCAGCGAACGCUUCAUGGAACAUGCGGGGGCGUGGGCAGGCAGGAGGCGUGGAGAAGAAAAACCGUCGACGGCGGUCACGGCGUCCACGCCACGUUUCAUGAGCAGGGAGGACAGCAGUAUCUGUGCCCCACCAAUGGAACCCGCGAAGCGCGCUGCCCUUGCGCCUCACUCUCGAGUGCGGCCAGAGCAGACAUCCCCGUCCUCGGGAACCGCCGCCGCUGCCGAGGCCGGUAGGACCCUCUCGAGCGAGGCUGAGGGCGAUGCGGUGUCUGCUCUGGCCGCACUCGAGUCGCUCUGCGGUCUCUUCAGCAACGUUACCGAGGACGAGUGCUUCGUGCUGAUGGCCGCCAUCCUCAUCACAAAACUAAUCCGCGAUGCGGCGGACGUCAUCGAGCGAUAUCUGCGCGCCGUGAGCAGCCCGGCCUCGGCAGCGCCGUCGAAGCCACACCCGCAAGCGCUCGGGAUCGACUUGAUGGCAAGCUUGGUCAGGCUCGUGGAGCGCUACACGGACCUUGUCGAGGGCGUCUUCCACAACCACGCGACUGUGCUCCGUGCGUUGUUGAACGCGAUAGAGGAGCUGGCGUGUCCGUUUCGCUGGACUCGAAAGGGUGCGCUGCAGGCGUCUCAGCAGCGCGCCCAGGAAGCGCUCAUGGCGCCCGCAUCAGCAAUACCCGGGGUCUUUGGCGGUUCGUGGAGCAAGGUAGCAUCGAGCACCGGCGCGGAUCUGCCGAGUGUGCUGCUCAGCCGAGACGCACGGCAGGCCACCUUGCCGCUCGUCUCGCUUGCGGCGAACUACCCACAAGCGGUACAGCAGUUGAAGUUAUCGGUGCUGAUUGCUCGAUACACGGACGUCCUCCUGCAGCAGGAGCGCGGUGGUGGUCGGGUGUUGAGCGGCAACCUCCACAAACGACUCCGCCUCGUUGCGCGACUGGUGUCCCUGCUCGAGGACAAGGACACGUUCCUCGAGCACCACCGGCUGUGCUUGGCGCGGCGUUUACUCGGUUAUUCGAGUGGACCGGCGGCACCGCAGCUGGAAGCGGCAUUGCCAGUCGGACAGGCCUCCCAGGGCUCUUCCGCGUCGGCCCCGCUGAACUUGGAGGCGGAGCGCCACUUUGUGAGCUUCCUUCAGUCGUGCCUUGGCGUCACGGCUACACAUGCUUUUGAGGCGAUGCUGCGCGACUACGAGGGGGCAGAGCGGACGCGAGACCUCUUCGAGCAGGAGGCAGCCUACCUGGAGCUCCCCACGAAGAUACGUGUGCAGCUGAUCACCUCCGCUCAAUGGCCAACCUACGCUAUGCCUCCCCUGCAGGCGCACGCCUCGCUCCAGCGCGGUAUGGAGGUGUUCCGAGCCUACUAUGCCCGCCAGCACCCCUCGCGCACUCUGCUGUGGGUCUUCAGCCUUGGCAGCGCCACCCUCAUCGCCGAGUUUGCCUCUGGCACGAAGCAGGUGGUCGCGAGCACGCUCUUGGCAACGCUGCUCGUGGUGGUGAGCGACGCCUACAACGCAGAGGCGUCAGAUGCGGCGCAAACCGGCGCGCUCACGGGGGCCCAGCUGGCUCGCACACUCGGACUGCCCUUUCACGCUCUGCGCGCCCACCUGCACUUGCUGACGCAGCAUCGAGCGUUUAACCUCCUGCGGUGGAUUCCUGGGAACAACAACAACAACAACAACAGCGGCGGCGGCGGAGCAGCGGCGGCGGCGGCCACGACGGCGUCCAUCAUGGAGAACGACUCCUUCUCGCUGAAUCCUUGUUAUGCACACAAGCUGCGUAAGAUACGCCUGCCGCUGCCCAAGGCUCGCCCUACCGGCCUACCGUCCAGCGACGCUCAAGCAUUCGACGGUGGCCCCGAGUUCGCCUCUCGGUCAGAGCCGUCUGCCACCUCGUCUAGCCCAGGCGCCACCACCGCUGCAGCGACGAUGACAGCCGUUGCCUGUGAAGAUGCGGUUGUCGCCCAGCAUGUGCAAGCGACGCGACGGGUGCUGCUCGAUGCCGCCCUUGUGCGGAUCCUCAAGAGUCGCCGUGUCGUGCUCUUCGAGGACUUGCUUCAGACCGUCACGACGCACCUCUCACGCCAGUUCAUGCCCUCGCGACGUGAUAUCAAGGCGCAGCUGGAGGGGCUCGUCGACCGCGAUUACGUGAAGCGCAGCCCCACCGACCCGAACACCUUUGUGUACCUCUCCUAA